AUGGCCAGACAAUUGAGUUUUGAAGAAAAGGGAACAAUUAUAGGUAUUUACAAAUGCGGAAAGACGUAUCGCGAAAUACAACGUAUAACUAAAAGAUCACUUGAUACCAUAUCGAAAACAAUUCGAAAAUAUAAACAAAAUAUUCCAUGCACAAGAAAAUAUGGUUCUGGUUGUCCCCGGCUCCUAAAUGAAGAAGAUUUUAAAAAAAUUAAUAAGGAAAGGAUUGAAGAUCCAAAUUUUAAUUGCGUAAAAUAUGCGAAGGCACUGAAAGAAGAAAAUGGGAAAAAUGUAACACCUGAAACAAUCAGAAAUACACUAAAACAAAGAGGUUUCAAAGCAUUUCCGCCUACUAAAAGACCACAUCUUACUAAAAAACACAAAGAACGAAGAAUGGAAAUCUGUCAAAGAUGGAAUAUGCUACCAUCUACUUAUUGGAAUCACUUUAUAUUCAGCGACGAAUGCAAAUGUUCAUUUGGUACUGUUGCAUUUCAUCCUGCACGAAAAUAG